UGAUGGUAGAUAGGUGACAGCCGAAGCCCUAAUUACCAGCAAAAAUCCAUGGCGAACGAAACAGAAAGUGAUCUGAAAAACUCAAAAACCUGUGAGGAUCCAGGAUCACAACAACAAGCCCGUCUCAUGGAACGACACAUACGUGAUGUCUUGGAAGAGGAGGUCAUUUACGAUCAAUCACAAUUUGGCCUUUUAAACAGCCAAAUUGAUGAUAGUUCUUUAUCUCCUUCUCUUAUGAGUGAUCCUCCACGUAACAAGAAGCCUCUAAAUAAAUUGGGUAAAUUGACAAGAACAGCAGCCCUCUGUGGGGCCUAUAUUUCACUUGGACUAUGUAUGUCAGUAACUGGACCUACAUUACUGUAUCUGAAGGAUCAAGUUGGAUCUACCAUUUCAGAAAUUUCCUACAUCUUUACAGUCCGAUCAAUAGGAACUUUAGGGGGUGCUUUCUUAGGUGGCUUUUUUCUUGACCGCUGUAAUCCAUAUUCAGCAUUUUUUGUAGUUAUUGCUUCAAUGGCCAUAAGUGUUGGAUCUAUGCCAUGGUGUAAACACGUUUGGAUGCUGAUGGUUUCAUCUUUUGUUGUUGGAGUGGGUAAUGGGCUGCUGGAUACUGGAGCUAGCACCCUUUGUCUUCAGUUAUGGGGAAAGGAAUCGGGUCCCUACAUGCAGGCUUUACACUUUUCUUUUGCCGUCGGUGGGUCGAUCGCCCCUUUGCUCGUGCAGGCUUUCAUCGUUGAAACUUCAACUACUACCCUUAACAAUACCAUCUCAUCACGCCAUGUGCGCUCCGUCACUAAUCCACUCAACUCAAGUGAAUCAGAAGAUCAAAUGACAACAAUAGCUUCGAUCAUUAAAGCCACCAGUGAAAUUCCAGUUUUAGUUACUUCUAAUCUAGCCAUCCCUUCAUCCAAUUCAACUAUCCCAACAGCAUCCAAUUCCACAUUUGGAGAUGUUACAUCGACAACAACUAUAAGUCCAGUUGUUAACCAAAAUCAGACAACGCCCUUGACAGAAAAGCCAAAGAAACCGAAACCUGCCGUCAUUAAUGGCCAAAUUCUAGGCCCUUCGAAGCAGUUUGAUAAUACUCCGUUGAAAGUAGAGACUCAACCGCCCCAGGAAGUCGUUGUAACUACCACGACUGCGUCAUCCAACGAAAAUCAAACUACACCCGCCAUUACGCUUACAUCUACAGAUACAACAACAAUUCCUCCUUCCAUCAAUGGUACCACGAAAGCUCAAGAUAACAUGACGGAAAUAACGAUGAUACUCCAAAAAUCCAAUGAAGUGCAAGGGCUCAAUAUCAGCAGCAGUGACAAUAAUACUUCUACCGUUUCAUCCAAGAAUGCGUCCGAAUCCACCGGAAACGAUACCGUAGUGUCUUCAACUUUGAGUCCUGUUACUGAAAACUCUACGAUAACCAGCAUUCCUCUAACUACUGUAGAACCCGUUAUCAAUUCAUCAAACUUAAACGCUGAAUUCCAGCCUAAAGAAACUGCCAUCAACAACGUAACAAAAGGUGCUGAUCUUAAUGUUAAAACAUUCCCUACUACUACACCUGCUACUACAACUCCUCUUUAUUCUUCGACGACGUCUCAAUCAACUACGGCUGUUUCAACUACAACUUCGACAACGACGACACCAUCCUCGAUAGAAUUGCUACCCACGACCAUCAAAAACAUUUCAUUACCCAUUCCAGUUGCUACAACAUUGCCAGUCGACCUUGCAGAUAAUGUUGUAGUCAAGAGUCGUGGAAAGAGCAGAGGUCAACAAGACGAAGUCAGCUCGGUGGUUCCCUCGUCUACGCUCGUACCAGUCACAACUUCCGAGCCUAACGUACUUGUGACAACAACAAAUUCGCCCAUCCACAAUGAGAGCGAGACUAUUGAUCGGUCCCCCGUUAAAGUUUCUGACUAUCUGGAGCGUUUUGGAGUUACGCGGAUGCACAUGUUGUAUACCGUUAUCGCCAUCAUAGUCUUGCACACAGCCUUUUUCUUUCUCUUCUUUCUGUGUUCUGGAACUCGCAGCUCGACCGCCGAACGUCAAACGUCUGAUCGGAAAGUUAAGCCUUUCCGGCCCAGCGCCAAGAUAUCCUUCGUCGUGCUGAUGUUCUCGUUUUACUUGAUGUACGUCGGCUCUGAGGUCGUAUUUGCUCAGUUCCUUACUACAUUUGCAUUGGAGAGCCCACUUAAGCUAUCGACUUCGACUGCCAAUUACAUAACAACUACAUUCUGGGCCUCGUUUGCGGCCGGUCGCUUUGUCGCAAUUUUCGUUGCCCACUUCACCAAUCCGACAGCCAUGCUCAUUUUCAACUUGUGCUCUACUGCGCUCGGCUCGAUGACUCUCUGUGUUGCUGGGCAGACGGACGCCACUAUUUUGUACGUCGGUUCGGCCUUGGUUGGCGUAGGAAUGGCUUCAACCUUCGCAACAGGCUUCAUAUGGACCGAAACACACCUGCUGGUAACUAACCGGAUUUCUGCGGCUUUCUCAGUUGCUUCUUCAAUGGGAGAGAUGAUAUUCCCAACGGUAACAGGCGCAUUGAUCGAGUCGAAUCCACUUUCCCUAAUGUACAUAGUUCUAGGAUGCACCAUUUUGAUCACGAUAGUCUUUUUUGUAGCCUGGUACCUGGCAAAACGUAAAGGACGAGGCUUUAGCAGUAACAGCAGGGGCUAUCAUCUUGCACGUCAAGCCGAGGAUGAAUCAGCGCAAAACUAGAUAACUUUACUUAUAUUUUUUUCCACUUAAAAAUAAUGUUUCGGUGAGGUAAUCCUCAUUCCCUUGAUGUUUAGCUUAGAAAAACAAAAGAGAAGGGUGAAAAUUCGGUUCAUGUCUGUGAUAGAGGGUUGAAGAGCUUGAUUGGAAUCCAUUUGCGUGUAUUUUUUUUAUCCCUUUACAUGAUCGUAGCAUCCAAUAUUUGAUGAAGGAAUUUUAGGCUUUUUUUCACUGUGUUCCCGAUGGUCUGUUAAACGAAUGAAAAGAGAAAGAUCAGUUUCAUUUAACUCGUCAAUUUAAAGAACUAAAUUGUUAAAAAUAAAAUUUAAAAAUUCCCAGUCACGAAUUUCAAAUUCAGCUCACAACUAUUUUGAAUGAAAUAAAGCGAAUUGAGAGCUAACUUACUUAGACCAUUCGACAGUCAGGAUAAGAUGGUCGUAACCAAAACCAUUCAAGGUCUUGAUUGCUCGUUCGGCGUCUUCUCGUCGUUUGUAG